AAGAACCAUCACUUGGCAGCGCCGUUGGGGUGCGAGGAAGCGGGCCUUGCCCAAAGGUGACGCCGAGGCGGCCGAGGUGCGGGGAGCCGCAAGGGCCGCGAGUGAGAACGAGGCUCGGCAGCACUUCGGGCGCUCUCCCCCAUCUCUCUGCGGUGCAUGGCGGCGGGAUGGAGCACGACGGGAGCGGCGGGUCGACCGGGCUCCUGCAGCAGAUGGUCAGCCUGAAGCUGGUGAAGCAGGUGGGCAACGCGACCCAGUGCCCCAACUCCACGUCUCUCUGCUCCUUCCCAGAGAUGUGGUAUGGUGUGUUCCUGUGGGCACUGGUGUCUUCUCUCUUCUUUCAUGUCCCCGCUGGACUACUGGCCCUCUUCACCCUCAGACAUCACAAAUAUGGUAGGUUCAUGUCUGUAAGCAUCCUGUUGAUGGGCAUCGUGGGACCAAUUACUGCUGGCAUCUUGACAAGUGUAGCAAUUGCUGGAGUUUACCGAGCAGCAGGAAAAGAAAUGAUAUCAUUUGAAGCUAUCACCUUGGGCACUGGACAGACAUUCUGUGUGGUGGUGGUCUCCUUUUUACGGGUUUUAGCUACUCUAUAGCAUAAACCCUUUUGCUAUGAUGUCAGACUUAAGUUUUAUAAAACUCUUGAAAACACAGCGGGAUGUCAUGUUUUCUUAGUUCUUCAGAUGGAAGCAAGUCAGAUGAAAAGUAUAUGAAGAACAACAUCUUAGCCCUUUCUUCAGUUUGAAGCCCUAGGAAUGGAAGAUCUUUUUGGACUUCUAUUGUUCUCAGCCAAAACAAAUCAAGUCUUUGGGGGGUAGAUAUUUAAUUUAAGCUGUUUUACGGGUACACCUUUAUACAAGCCAGGUCAGUGCUUCUGGGAUGGCAUUUUUUGCACUGAAAUUCAUAAUAUUCAGUAAGAAAAUGCUGAAUGUUGGUUAUUUCAGAGAAACAGUGGAAAAUAUUGGUUUAUUUCUGAGCAGAAUAGACUGUACUGAAAUCUAUUUGAACUGAUCUCGAUUAAAAUUUGGCAAUCUUCUUUCGCUACAUCAUGACAAUAAGUGCCAAGUAGGUGUUGGUUGAAUGUAGCUUUGAGAACAAAUUUAGUGAAAUCUAACAAGAAUAAAAAUCUACAACGUAAGUAGUGGCUUUGAUUACACCGUUCAAAUAAAACAAAGAUAACCACUGAAUGAUGUGACUUGAUGGAUAACUUUUUUGACCUCUGAAUUAUUUAAUGUAUUCUAAGAGAUGUGAAUUUGUUGUUUUGUACACUACCAAAAUAAGCUAGCGGAAUUGAGGCCUUUUUGAAGAAUACUUGUACUACUUUUUCCUAUUGCUUUUAUUCUAUUAAUUUUAUUUAUGAAAACAUACCCUAUUAAAUAGCUUUGGUUGAAAAUUUCAGAUCAGAUUUGUUUGGAUGCUCUUUGGACAUUGGGCACAUAGAAAAGAUACUUUAAACAUUGUGUUAAGAGUCUUUCUUAAUGACUUUGGUUUACUCAUAACUUGAAAAAUUGUAGCAGUGUAGCUUAAACUAGAGGUAAUGGUUAUUGAUUUCUUAGACUUCAUGUAAUUACCUGGAGGUGGGUCUUCAGCCCACUUUUACAUUAUUGGGUAUCACUUGCAGAAAGUGCCUGAACUGAAGUGUCACUUUCAAUUAUGUCUCCACUGUGCCCUUUAUGUUUUCUUUCAAGAGAAUUUAUAUCUUUAAAGAAAAUGAACUAUCAAGAGUUUUUCCAAUUUUAGCUAUUUUUAUUUUUCUUCUACUGCCUAGCUUUCUUUUUCACUAAAAGGCCUGAAAACUGUGACUUACAAAAGAGAAAGAAUCACAAAACUGAAGUAUCUAACUUGAUCCUACCACCUAAACUGUUUUGUAUGGUAUUGAAUUUGUUGUUUUCAAAAUAGUUUCUGUUCAUUAAAUCUGGCACUUUUAAAGGAAAGUUUUCAUUGUGAGAGUAAGACUAAUAGUCCAUUAGUUUUGCACAUAACCUAUUAGUUUACAUGCAAACACGUUUGCAUACAACUAAUAGGUUAUAUGCAAAUGAAAAUACCAAUCCCAAUUAAAGUUGUAUGCAUUCUGACUUCUAAUUAAAGCAGUGUGCACUCAGGAGGGCUAAUUUUCCAGGCAAAGUCAUAGAGAAAAAUUACAAAGAGUUCACAGAAAUUAACCGGGCUUUUUUCUUCUGACUAAUAAAUGAUUAGACCAUUUAUUGAAAUUAUAAUGAUAUCAAUAUUCAGACCAGAUGGAAAAUACAAAUAGAAUUGGAAUCCAAGCAAAUGCCCCAACAAGAUUACUCUUCAAUGCUCAACUCUUUCAAGUAAAAUUUUAGUCUUUAAAUAAGAAUCCAUUUUUCAGUUCAAGGAAUUAUGAUUCUGAAAAGUAUCCCUUCAGUUUAAACAAUUUGGGGAUGUUGUAUCCUUUCUUCCACAAAAUUACUUUAGUCAUCUUUACUGAAGGAUCCCUCUUACAACAUUCUUUUGGAAAGAACUUUACAAAUUGAACAUGUGGACCAAUAUUUGGUGGGCCUCUCUCCCCCAACUACUAAUUUUUAAACAUAUGAUCCAUGGUUUCAAUAUUUGGUUAUUUUUCUUUUAGAGCCAAAGCAUUAAUGUAUUUUGAAAGGUGUCUGCUCCUUGUUUUAUCUAUUUAUAUUAUCCAUUCUUUUUAAAAGCUUCAAAUAUUAAAUGUACCUUCAAAUUAUUGAAUGUUUCAUCUAUCCCAGUAUGUGAACUUUAUUCUGUGAAUAAAUGUAUAUAGAUUUUAUACAGUUCAACCUUUGUAGCUUGAAGUGUUUUCAGGGAAAAGCUAUUGGAAUGAUACAGUAUGUCUGUUCCCCCUAAGUAUGUGGGUUUUUUUUUUUAAAAUUUCUCAUCUGAAAAUACACAAUUUGGGGAUAGUUGGCUGAGAUGAAAAAAUAUUGGCAUUGUUUUACCUUGUAUCUUUUUUUUUUUUAAAGCAAAAACUUUUUAACAAAUAAUUUUCUCUUUUUUCCAUUCUUGGCAUAAAUUUAAUUCUUUCCAGUGAAGCCCUCUUAAUGUCCUCCAAAAUGUGAACUUCUAUUUCUGUCUGGGUCAAAAAUCCAUUCACAAGGGAGCUGUGCAAUUCCAUCACCCUUUGUGACUUUGAACUUUCCUUUGCCAAAAUCAAACAGUACAACACUACCAUUUCCUCUGUUAGCUUCAUCUAUGACACCAGCUCCUACUUCUGUAGAGUAUUUUGCCACCAAAUCAGAAUCUGGAGCUUUUCUUCCAUAACACAAAGAAGAGCUCUCUGAAUGGCAGUUGUCACAGGGGAGAUGACAGUUGUCACAGUGCCUCUUCAGAACAGAGCGAACAAGGGGGAUGUAGGUUUUUGAGACUUUUUGCCAACAACUUGCUUUAUUAGAGACAUAAGCAAUCACCCCUUCCCCAGCAGCUGUGCAUCACCUCCUCCCCCCCCUUUUUUUUUUCAAUUUUGCAAGAGUGGGAGGCAACCUCUAACCAUAGAAACAAUCUUCUGGGAUUUUUAAGAUGGGGGGUUUUGGAGGCAAAGGCAGCACAUGAAAAUGUAAGUCCAUGUACACAUGUGUAAUAAAUAUUCCAAGAGAAAUGUGUCUCUUUAUGCUUCUAAUUUUUUUUUUUUUUGCAGCAAAACAUUACCCCUAGGAAGUAUUUAAACUAGUGAAAGUUCAUGCAAAGAAUUACCCUUGAACCCACCCUUAUGUUUUUAAAGUUUUUAAAUAGUAUGUUGUCUUCUGAUUCUGUUAUCUUUUCUGAGAGUUCUGGUUUGAAUUAAGCUCUCACUUAAGUUGUAUGCACAACUGCAGUGCGUAUGAACCUUCCCUAAGAAACCAUUUCCUGGAAUGUGAAGUCCUGGUGCCAUCAACUGUCCACACAUAGAAAGUUCUGUGUAUGUGCAUUUCCUUUCCAUGCUUUCUGUGAGGCUGGUUGUGAGUAAAAUCAGUUUAACUUUUUGUAUUAGAUAAUUUCACUAACUGCUACAGUCAAAUGAUCAAAUCUUUGUACAAUAGAAAAUUAUUUAAAUUUUAUUUUUCUACUGACAUUUCUAAUUCUGCUAUAAAUGUUUAUCAAUAAAGAAUGACAUUCAAUUCUCUGAACUGGAACUGUUAUUUUGAUUUCAGUGGCCAGUGACUUCAAUCUUUUGUAAACAGUUUUCCAACUUAAGUUUUGUUUUGAUGACCAUAAUUAACAUACAGGUUUAACUGUAUUUCUCUUAUGUUCCCCUUCUUACUGAUUUAUGGUGAAAUCCUUGUUCAAAGAUGUAAUUA